AAGCGCACAGGCUUAAAGCGUAGAUGGACCGUGAUCCAUCCAUUCAGCAGGCGCAGCUCCUCUGAGGAGGAGGAGGUUUCUGAGGAGCGCAGACGCAGCAGCAGCUCCUCCGAGGAGCGCAGACGCAGCCGGGAUGGACCGCUGCAGGGUCGGGGAGAGGAUGCGCGCCGCUCUGGCGGGACUGCAGGAGCUGCGGCUCCUGAAGGAGAGGCAGCGGGACAUGGUGAGCUGGGCUCUCAGGAUGGACCGAGAGGAACCGGUCACCUCGGUCCACACCGAGGCGGACGGAGCAGAAACCGAGGAGCAGCGGCUGGAGGCGUCUCUGAGCGCCCUGAAGCAGCAGCUGUCUCGUCUUCGUAAACAAGACGUUGGCCUGAAGACGCACUUGCAGCAACUGGACCAGCAGAUCAGCGAGCUGAAGCUGGACGUGGGAAAAGUCUCCUCGGAGCAGCUGGAGAGCGACAGCAGGCCCAGUUCUGGUUUCUACGAGCUCAGUGAUGGAGGCUCCUGCUCCCGCUCCAACUCCUGCACCUCCGUCUACAGCGAGUGUUUGUCUUCCUCCCAGACGAGCCUCGUUCCCAUCGGCACCGUGAACCGUCACAAAAGUCUACCGCCACAAGUGGGCGUAGCCCGGCGCUGUUCGGCUGAUGAGAGCCCGCCACAGCUAAACCCAAUGCGGCCCACAGGCCUCCAUCUGGGCAGCAGCCGGAUCCGAGCCAGUGCUGCAGAACAGAUACGACCCAGACCCGUGUCAACAGGGGACCUUGAAAAAAUGGUGGCUCAAGGAGGAGGCCACCUGAAAGCUCUGGAUGUGAAAAAGAGCUUUUUGUGUCCAAAGAUUUCCAAAGAAGAUUCCAAGUUUCAGCAGCACCUGGAGUCCUGCAGUGGGAUGGAAGUGUACCGCUACCCCAGCCCGCUGCACGCGGUGGCCCUGCAGAGCCCCUUCUUCUCCCUCAGAGGUGCAGCUGAGCCUCCUGGAUUGAUGGAGGACCAACAAAUCCUAGGAAAUGAUUGUGAAGCUCUUCAAAUAGGUUAUGAGUUCAAGACCCUGGGUUACAUUGACAUGCUCCUCCAGCGCAACCUGAGCAAAAUCCAGAGCGAGACCGGGUCAGAGACACUGAAGCCAUGUGGGAGCUGCAGCAGGAAGCCUGCAGAGCAUGUGAGGGGGUUGACGGAAGCGACCGACAAGGAGGUGUCCAUGCGUCCUUCAGCCAGGACCAGGAACUUCAGUGAUCAGAAAGGACAGUUCCUGACAUCUUCAGGCCAAGAACACCCAGAAACCAGAACCCAGAAACCAGCAGGGAGAACCACAGACACUCCUCACCAGUUCUCCUUUCCUGCUUCCAUGGAGGAGUACAGUACCAAUCAAGUGGCCUCUUCACUCAUGCAGAACACGGAGAGGCACCAUGAAGACAAAGUCAAAAUUGUAAAAAACCAAUCUGUUGAAAAUGGCGGUGACCAUCCUGAGUCCAGACCACAGGAGAAGAAGCCUCUCCGGCAAAGGCCGGCGACGGCUCACAGCUCCGGCACAGAGGAAUCUCCAUGCACCGAAGCUCAGAGCGCUCACACCGGCUCGCCCGAGUUCGUUCACGCCAAGUUCCUCCCCGCUGGAGCUCAGAGGGUCAAGAUCAGACAAGCAGACCGGAAAACCAAAGCGGUGAAGCUCAAGAGAAGAAGCAGCGAAGAGCACCGAGCCGUGAGGCAGCAGAGCGGCUGCUCCUCAGGAGAAAGGAGCAGGGAGACCAAUAGUCGGGGAAAAGGGGAUUUAAGAAGAGCAGGGAAGCUCAAAGAACCCCCAAGAGUGAACCACUACCCCGCAGAGGAGCUCAGACAGGGUUCAGGCUCAGACUCCAGUCUCUACAGUCCUGGACUCGCAACUACCCACAAGACCAGCCCCAGACCCCUCCCCUCGUCAAAGCCUAGCAAAAGCCGGCGACUGCACUGCCAUGAGUAUGCGCAGCCGGUAGAGCAGAGGAAGAGGAGGCAGAUGGAUGCAAAGUGGUCCUCUAACAUGGAAGUGUUCCAGGCUCCACAUGCCCCCCGUCUGAAGUCCAAGGAGCCCCAAGCUCCAGCACUUUGGAGCAUGCAGAUGGUGCGGAGUAUGAGUGCCAGGCAAAGCCAGUGGAUGAGGCCCCGCCCCAUUCAGGCCUCCACGUCCUCCAGCUCCUUUCUCCAAAGUCUGAACGCUAAAUACCCCCCAGCCCCCUUUCAGGCGUCCAGUCUGUACCCACCCAGAUGUGAGUCGGAGUACUCAGCCGAGUGCGCCUCGCUGUUCCACUCCACCAUCGCUGAAAGCAGCGAGGGCGAGACGAGCGACAACACCACCAACCGCUUCGGAGACAGCGAGUCCAGCCAGAGCUUCCAGUCCCUGUCCGACUCCGACAGCAGCCUGUCCCUGGAUGAGGAAGACCUCUGUGAGGAAGACGCAGGUUUGGUGUGGGCUGAGGCCGCGUUGGGCCCCACGACCACCGGAUGUCCCGUCACGCAGAUCCCACCCCGUCCCGAGCCUUCAGCCUGCCGCAUUAAAGCCUCCAGAGCCUUGAAGAAGAAGAUUCGCCGCUUUCAGCCCGCCUCGCUGAAGGUCAUGACCCUGGUGUAGAAGGCCCCCUCCUGCAGAGCACGACCUGUGGGAGGAGCUUCUGCGCAGAGGCCUGAAGUCUGAAGUCUGUCAGAGCUGAGCUGCAUUUGGAAAUGAUAGAAAUCAAGCACAAAGAAGUGAUUUUUACCCUGAGGCUGUAUUAUUAUCAUCCCAUGUGCUGGUUUAGGCUGGUUUCACCUUUUUACCACAUUGUUGUCUCUGUUUCAUGAUGACUGACUUGUUCUACACUUUCUUCUGCCUUUUUUAUUGUAACUUCAUGAUUGACCAAUUUUAAUAAACUCAUAUUUAAUAUGAA